GGGCAGGAAGCAGGCUCUGCCACAGGGCGCAUGUGGCCUCCGCUCAGAGGCAGCCACCCACCCUGGGAAAGUCAGCCGUGCGACCGAGCUGCCUGCAGCCACCCAGAAAGCUGGGACCUGACCUUUUAUUCUAGAAGACGGUGAGGCCAAGCCGAAAGAUCAAGGGAUUCCAAUCGCUGGGGCCGAUUGCAGAGAUGCUCUUUGCCCGCCUCUGUUCCCCUCACUGCUAAAGUAAGUAACCUUCACGAGUAACCUGGACUGUGGCGGUUCUCCGCGCCUCUAAAAGUUGUCUUAAGGCUGCAAUCCUGGGCACGCUUGGCUUGGGAUGAGCAUCCCAGAGGAGAUUAUUUGCAAGGAAAUGUGCUGAAAUUCUCCUGCCCCAAGCACCCGUCCAUUUAGGGGCCAGGCAACGCAUUGAGCACGUUCCGUUUUCAGAGGUGGCUCUCUGCUUUGUAAUCUGGACUUGGCAGCAGAGGGAGUGAAAGGCUCAGGCGUUUGAGGAGAGCCAGUGUGGUGUAUCAGAGUGCCAGUCUAGGACCUGGGAGACCAGGGUUCAAAUCUCCACUCAGCCGUGAAGCUCAGUGGGUGACCUUUGGGGGGCUGGUGCCUGCCUCUCAGCCUAGCCUACCUCACAGGGUUGUGGGGAGCAAAUGAGGAGGGCAGGAGCUAUGUCGCCAUCUUGCGUUCCUUGUUGGGGGGAUAUAAAUGCCAUAAAUACAUCUAUGUCCAAAUUGGCGGCCAUGUUUUAGAGCAUCCUCCAACAUCCCCCAGAUGUUUGGGGCUUUCAGUGCUUUCCAGUCCCAGCCCUGACAACCCCGUGACUGAGGGUGACAGGAGUUGUAGUCCGAAAACAUCUGGAGGGAACCAGGUUGACGAGAGCUGCUUUAGAGCGAGAGAGGCGCCCUAAAUUUAUGCUCUUUGAAGCUUUAAAUCCUGCGGUGAGACUAAAAGGAAGGGAAGAAUCACAUAUGUCCCAUUAGCUUUUUUAUAAGAAGGGAGGGAAUAUCGUAGAACUAUAGAAUUAUAGUUGGAAGGGAUCACAAGGCUCAUCUAGUCCAACCUGCAAUGCAGGACUCUCACCCAGUGCUGGGCUCGAACCCACAGCCUUGCGAUUAAGCCCUAAACGGCCUUGGUCCAGUAUACCUGAAGGAGCAUCUCCACCCCCAUCGUUCUGCCCGGACCUUGAGAUCCAGCUCCGAGGGCCUUCUGGUGGCUCCCUCACUGCGAGAAGCCAAGUUACAGGAAACCAGGCAGAGGGCCUUCUCGGUAGUGGCACCCACCUUGUGGAAUGCCCUCCCACCAGAUGUCAAAGAGAACAACAACUACCAGACUUUUAGAAGACAUCUGAAGGCAGCCCUCUUUAGGGAAGCUUUUAAUGUUCAAUAGACUAUUGUAUUUUAAUAUUUUGUUGGAAGCUGCCGAGAGUGGCUGGGGAAACCCAGCCAAAUAGGUGGGGUAUAAAUAAUAAAUUAUUAUUAUUAUAAGAGCCUUGUGCUCUACCGACUGAGCUAUCACACAAUUCCGAUCAAUAAAUGUUUAUUGAUCUUGAGUCUCUAUGGACGAGAGUUUGGAUUAUCCAGUCUGUUUUAAUGUCAGAAUUGUAGAGUUAGAAGGGAUUCAAUGAGUUAUCUAGUCCAACCCCAGCAUCUUCAUGAGGGGCAGCGACUGUGACUUCGUUUAGUUAGGAGGAGAUGAGUCGAUGGGAGGCUUGUGUUGGGACCAUGAGCUGCUUCAGGCACCAGUUUGGGGGCAUCAACAUCCUGCGAUGCUAGCCCUCUAACUACAUUUUUAAAAUUCAUUUGACUUCAUCUCCCUUUCCUUUUACAAAAGUAUUUUCUGAGCUGCUGACAGCAACAAAAAAGCAAGGUCAAGAAAAUAAAAAAUACGUGGUGUUCACUUUUAAAAAGGCUUCCCAGUGGUUUUCAAAGUGUAAAAACCAGUUACACAAACUUUAAAUAAUAGAAGCGUCUGCAAUUAAAAUAUACAGUAAGACAAUCCCUGUAAAACACAGCAAUUAAAACACGAGACUCUGGUUGAGAGAGCAAGGGAAUUUCCGUAAGCAGGUAAGUCUUCAAAACCCAACCCAUCAAAACGCCCAAACCGAUGGAGCAGGGGUUGCAUUUUGUAACGCUGGGGCAAACAAUGAAAAAUUCCGCCUCUGUGUCACCGCAAGCUGAUAAGCAUCAGGCUGUGGCAAGACUGGGUUUAUUUUAGGUAACAGGGCCCAGGUUAGUUAUGGCAGUGGUUUUCAACCUGUGUGCCAUGGCACCUUGGGGUUCCUUGAAUGAUGGCCAGGGGUGCCACAGACAACACUGGCCUCUGUCCCUCUUUCCUUCCCUCCUUCCUCUGAUGCCCUCUCGCAUCUCUGCCUCCCAAAGGCUUGCACAGCUGUUUGCUGCAGCAGCCCUGGCUGCAAACUCCCCAGGCGAAUGGUGCCUUUGGGGCUGGCCAGGGGGUGCUGGUUGCCAGGAGCUGAGGCAGCCUCGGAAUAAGCAAGCAAGCGGGUGAGGGAGCCCAGCCGGCCAGCCCUUGCUGCUGGGAAUGGACAAAACAACAACAAACCUCUGGUUACGUGAAACUUAUUCAAUAAACACACAAGACGUAACUGGCUGUACGUUUGAAAAAAAUAAUAUACCGUAUUUUUUGCUCUAUAAGACUCACUUUUUCCCUCCUAAAAAGUAAGGGGAAAUGUGUGUGCGUCUUAUGGAGCGAAUGCAGGCUGCGCAGCUAUCACAGAAGCCAGAACAGCAAGAGGGAUUGCUGCUUUCUUCCUUGUUUUCCUCCUCCAAAAACUAGGUGCGUCUUGUGGUCUGGUGCGUCUUAUAGAGCGAAAAAUACGGCAUACUAUUCAUUGUAUUGAAUUGUAGAUUUCAACAAAAGUAGGUCAUAAAGUUCAACGGAAAAAGCAGAAGACCCAGUGGAUCAGUUCAUUCUCUAAUUAGUUUAUGUAUAAGGGAAAAAGUCUAUUCCACCUGUCUGCUCAUAGAGUCCAACAAUCCGUACGAAGGGUUGUUGCAGUUCCACAGAAUCCUUUCACAGAGUCUAAGACAAGGAUUUCCGGAAUAUUAGCCUUGUUUCGCCGUCCUAGGCUUCAUCAGUAGUACAAACUCAUAUAUGAUAUCACAGGACAGUGGAUCUUAUAGCAUAGUACAGUGGUACCUCGGGUUAAGUACUUAAUUUGUUCCGGAGGUCCGUUUUUAACCUGAAACUGUUCUUAACCUAAAGCACCACUUUAGCUAAUGGGGCCUCCUGCUGUUGCUGCGCCGCCAGAGCACGAUUUCUGUUCUCAUCCUGAAGCAAAGUUCUUAACCCGAGGUACUAUUUCUGGGUUAGUGGAGUCUGUAACCUGAAGCAUCUGUAACCUGAAGCGUCUGUAACCUGAGGUACCACUGCAGUGCUUUUGGGGGAGGAACUUAGGGUGGAGAUCAUAAGCUUUCUUUGGCCCCAUCCACGGUUGUUUGCUUUAUUACCCUGCUGUGAUGGGAUGGUCAAGGGCCUGCUUUGCUUCCAAAGGGAGGCCAAAACCUGGAGAAAAACUCAGCGUUCUCUCUGCCACAACUGAGGGAAGCAAGCUAGGUCAGGGAGCAGAAGGUAACCCAGACAGGGCACAUACAGCUCCGUCUUCACACAACUCCCUGUCCCCCAGUUUUUGCCACCCGAGGUAGCCCCUUCACUCCACCCAAUGAUAGAGCCGGCCCUGGUGUGUGGAGGAGCUGCAGUAAAGAACAAGCAGCAGGGAGCUAUUUGCCCUAUUUUUGGACUUGUCCUAAAAUUAGAAUAUAGAGUGGUACCUCGGGUUAAGUACUUAAUUCGUUCCAGAGGUCCGUACUUAACCUGAAACUGUUCUUAACCUGAAGCACCACUUUAGCUAAUGGGGCCUCCCGCUGCCGCCACACAAUUUCUGUUCUCAUCCUGAAGCAAAGUUCUUAACCCGAGGUACUAUUUCUGGGUUAGCAGAGUCUGUAACCUGAAGCCUAUGUAACCUGAAGCGUAUGUAACCCAAGGUACCACUGUAGUAGCUAUAACUUUAUGAGCUACUUCUGUUGAAAUUCUGUUGUUGUUGUGAAUUUUAUAUUUAUACCCUGCCUAUCUUACUGGGUUGACCCAGACACUCUGGGAAGCUUCCAACAUAUAUAAAAACAUAAUAAAACAUUAAACAUUUUAAAACUUCCCUAUAGAGGGCUGCCUUCAGAUGGCUUGUGGGGGUCAGAUAACUCCAUCCCCUCCAACAUUUCUCCAAUGAAAACAGGGACGCCCUAAAGAAAAGGGGGACAUUCAGGGAUCAACUAAAAAACCGAGAAGGCUUCUGUGAAUCCUGAACCGUCCCUGGAAAACAGGGACAGUUGGAGGGUCCGUAGGACUAGGAAAAGAAAAGAGAAGGAAGAGGCGACAUGCUAGAAAUUUAUGAGGUUAUAACUGGCAUAAUCAAACUGGGGGGCAACUCCCAUCUCUUGCGGGGGCGCAAUUAGUGCCAGCACCGUCCAUUAAGAGUUUGGGUGUAAUCUUCGACACCUCCCUUUCCAUGGAGGCGCAGAUUGCAGCUAUAACAAAGGCGGCAUUUUUUCAUCUGCGCCAAGCUAAGCAGUUGGCUCCUUAUCUCUCUCGCUCUGACCUAGCCACUGUGAUCCAUGCGACGGUCACCUCCAGGCUUGAUUACUGUAACUCGCUCUACGUGGGGCUGCCCUUGAGACUGACCCAGAAACUCCAGCGGGUGCAGAAUGCCGCGGCGAGGCUCCUUACGGGGUCCUUGUUGCGGGAUCACAUUCACCCGGUGCUAUACCAGCUGCACUGGCUCCCGGUGGAGUACAGGAUCAGGUUUAAGGUGCUGGUUUUAACCUUUAAAGCCCUAUGUGGCCUAGGACCCUGAUACCUAUGGGACUGCCUCUCCUGGUAUGUCCCACGGAGGACCUUAAGGUCUUCAAACAAAAACAUCUUGGAGGUCCCGGGCCACAGGGAGGUUAGGCUGGCCUCAACCAGAGCCAGGGCUUUUUCGGCUGUGGCCCCAAUCUGGUGGAACGCUCUGUCACAAGAGACCAGGGCCCUGUGGGACUUGAUAUCUUUCCGCAGGGCCUGCAAGACGGAGCUGUUCCACCAGGCCUUUGGUCAGGGCACAGCCUGACUCCCUCCUUUGGUAAUCCUCACAGAACUUUAGCCUAAUGGUUGCCAUCAAUUUGAGUUGAAUUAAUUUUAAUGAAAUGAUUUUAGAAUGUUGUAUUAUUUUAUUGUUGUUAGCUGCCCUGAGCCCGGCUUCGGCUGGGGAGGGCGGGAUAUAAAUAAAAUUUAUUAUUAUUAGUAGUAGUAGUAGUAGUAUUACUUGUGGACAGUCAAUGAAGCUGAAUGUUGCAAGAUUCAGGACAGAAAAAAUAAAGCCCUUCGUGCAGCACAUAGUGAGACUGUGGAACUCCCUUCCACAGGAAGCAGCAAUGGCUGCCAAUUAAGAUAAAAGAGGAGAGGGCUCUCUCGCUCUCUUUUUUUCAAUGCAAAAUUACAACAAAAAUUACAAACAUUGAAUCCAAAAUAAAACAGUACAAACAAGAAGAGAAAAAUAACACAAAAGAAAAAAGAACAACACACAAAAACACGCACAUUUACAAAGAAAACCAUAUCAUCAUUCUAAUCUAGUCAUUACAUACAUAUACACAUAUUGACUUCCUUCCUUUGUUCUAAGACCUGGAAAUUUUUCCUCUUUCUAAGUUGUUGUGUCUAAUGUAGAUUACUUCUAUUACUUCUAUCUUUAUACUUUUUACACCAUUUUUCUUUUUCUUUAACCCUGCAAAGCUUCGUUCAUUACAUACCGAUAUGCUUACUCCAGAACAAUGCUUUUUCAUAUACUCUUUAGCACAUCCCCAUUCUUUUAACCAGUUUUGGUCCGAUUGUCUCCUUAUGAAUGCUGUGAGUCUUGCCAGAUUUAUAUAUUCACAAAAUUUAAUUUGCCAUUCUUUCAUGGAUGGAAUUUUUCCCCCUUUCCCAUUUUUUGCUAUGAGCGUCCUGGCUGUUAAGUUGUGGGUGAACAUAUCAGACUACACAGCGAUUCUUCAAACAGCUCUUGUUUAUUCACAGGCCAGGACAGAACUGAACUGAACUGAAGGGUUCAGUCAGCCUGAUUAUAUAGAGCUCCAGUACAACGUAACUGUAACAGCUUUCUAAAACUAUCCAAUCACUGAACGUCACUAUCGAUCCCUUAUUUGCAUAACUAUCUACAGUAUCUCCCUGCUGGCCCAGGGUGAGAACUUCAGUACAUAACACUGGCAGCUGUUGUUGCAUAGAGGAAUACUUUCCUUUGAUUGCCAGGAAUAUCGUUUGUGAUUUUAGGUAUAAUCACAAACGAGGAGGAGAGGGUUCUCAAUGGCUCUCCUCUGCUCCCACAGUUGGAGGCAGCGAUGCUUCUGGACACCGCUUUCUGGAAACCCCAGGAGGGGCGAGAGUGGUCCUGAGUUCGAAUCCUGCUUGCGAAUUUCCUACAGUCAUCUGGUUGGCCUCUGUGAGAACAGGAUGCUGGCCCAUUGGCCUGAUCCAGCCAGCUCCUCUUAUGUUCUUAUCAGGGGCAGAGCUUGGCAAUAUGGCGCCCUGUGCAUAUAAAUUAAUGAUAAAAAAUAAGGAAAGGAUAAGGACAAUUCAGAGUGAAUGGGAGCGGGAAGGGCUGUUUCAUUUGAAUACGGUCCAAGAGAUGAUGAAGAGUACAGAUAAAAUAAAAAUGGAUAAAUAUAAAGAAUUAAGUAGGAAAUUCCUAUUGAAACGGUAUAGAACCUCAGCACAACUGGCAUACAUAGUUAAAGGAUUGAGUCCUAAGUGCUGGCACUGCGGUUAAGAGUUAGGGGUAUAUGCACAUAUGUGGUGGGAGUGUAUUUGGGUAAAGGAAUAUUGGCAAAAGAUUAUAAAGGUUGUAUUUCAGGUGAUGUAUUUCAGGUUAAGACAGAAGUCAAUAGAGAAAUGCUUAUCUCAGGAAUACUGGGGAAUAGUAAAAUAGAAAGAAAAGAGCAAGAUUGGUAUAAAAUUAUGAUCUUAGCUGGUAUGCUUAUGAUGGAAAGAAAAGAAUAAAUGGACAAUGGAAAAAUGGAAUGACUAUGUUUUUGAAUAUAUGCAAUCUGAUAUAUUUGAACAGGUAGUGGCGGAAGAUACAUGGGAAAACAAAUGUCAAAAGAUUUUGAAUAAAUGGACAAGUUAUAGGAAUUGGAUAGCACGGAGGGAAGCCAACUCAAGCAUCCAAAUAAGAAUGAAUAAUCUGUGCACAUGGUUAAAGAUCUGAAGAGAGAACAAGUUUUGGGGGGAGGGGUUAAAGGGGAGGGAGGAAGGGGGGAAAUUAGGAUAAAUGAGUAGGGACAAAAGUAUAUACUGUUAUGCAUAACUAAUAGGAGGAGGAUUUUGAUGUAUGUUAUAGUUAGAUUUUUUGGGACACAGGUGGAUCUGUGGGUUAAACCACAGAGCCUGGGACUUGCCGAUCAGAAGGUCGGCGGUUCGAAUCCCCGUGACAGGGUGAGCUCCCGUUGCUCGGUCCCUGCUCCUGCCCACCUAGCAGUUCAAAAGCACGUCAAAGUGCAAGUAGAUAAAUAGGUACCUCUCCGGCGGGAAGGUAAAUGCCGUUUCCGUGCGCUGCUCUGGUUCGCCAGAAGCAGCUUAGUCCUGCUGGCCACAUGACCUGGAAGCUGUACGCCGGCUCCCUCGGCCAGUAAAGCGAGAUGAGCGCCGCAACCCCAGAGUCGGUCACGACUGGACCUAAUGGCCAGGGGCCCCUUUACCUUUACUAUAGUUAGAUUUUAGACUGAAUGAUUUUUUUGUAAGUUAUUCGACUUCCCUGGAGGAAAGUGUGAUUAGAAAGAAUAAUUUAUUUAUUUUUAAAUGGCACCCUGUGCAAGGACAACAUUUGGCACCUCUCCUAGUCCUUGUGCCCCCUUUCCAAAACUUGGGAAGGUCGGCACUGGGAUUUCGGAAGGAGGCGCAAGGUUUUUGCAGGGAUCUGGCACCCUCCUUCCCAAAGCUAGGAACAUGAUAACUAGGCUUUGGGAAGGUGGCAGGAGGACUCUAGGGUGGAAUCUACACACAUAUAAAAAAACCAUUUUGAAAAUGCUGUUUCUGUUUUAGCAGUUUUUUUAAAAAAAUACAUUGACUUUUCCAUAAGGCUCCCCAUCGCCAUCUCGUGUCACAUUGUAUAUUGCACUUAAAACGCACUUAAAACCUUUAAUUUGCAGCUGUAUAGCCCAGGACUUAACUAGGCUUUAGGACGGAAGCGGGAAGGUGUGUCCUUGGCCCCCACGAUGCCCUAAAUCCGCCUCUGUUCUUACAGAGAGAGUCAUGUUAGGGGGAGCCUGACGGCGAAUGUCGCACUCAGCUUCCUGUGUGCCGUUUGACCUUUGAGCACAUGAACAUAGCAGGUCGUCCUUGUUUGCAACACGGGGAGCAGCAGAGACCACAGCUCAGCGGUGGUUGACAGUUUGGCGAUGCAGUGACAGCUCCUUCGGGUUUGCAGGCCCUGUGGCUCAGAGGUACAGGAAACCCAUUGCCAACCAGAGUGCAACCUGCAAGAGGCCCGUGAUAUUUUGCAUUCUUCGUUAAGAGCCUGCAGGAAGGAGCCUUUCUUUUUAUAUAUAUAAAAAAAUUUAUUAGCUUUUUAACAUAUCAUUUUCAACAGUAAUUAAACAUACCUUUACAUCUUAUACAAUUUUUUUUACUUCCAUCAAUCCUGUCGGAAAAUUUUCCAAUCUAAUCUCUUAAUAUACAUUUCUUACUUUCCCUAUUACCUUUAAAUCUCAUAACUGAUAUCUCUUUUCUUUUUCUACUUUGCAACAUUUCAUAUUUUUCUCUUUACAGAACUUCCUGUAGUCCUACUAGUGUAAUUUGUUGGUUACAGUUGCUCUUCAAAUAGUUCGUAUACUUCUUCAAAUCUUCUGAAAAUCUCGGGUCGCACAGGUUUCGAAUCCUUCCUGUCAUUUUAUCCUAUUCUGCGUAGUCCAUUAACUUUAUCUGCCAUUCUUCUUUUGUCGGAAUUUCUUCUUGCUUCCAUUCCUGGGCUAACAACACUCUUGCCACUGUUGUUGCAUAUAAAAAUUGUUAAGUUGUGGGUGAACAUAUCAGACGACACAGCGAUUCUUCAAACAGCUCUUGUUUAUUCACAGGCCCAGAACAGAACUGAAUUGAAGGGUUCAGCCAGCCUGCUUAUAUAGAGCUCCACUAGAACGCAACAGUAACCAUUUUCUGUAACUAUCCAAUCACUGAACGUCACUUUCAAACCCUUAUUUGCAUAUGUGGACCUGAACUAUCUACAGUAUCCCCCUGCUGGCCCAGGGUGAGAACUUCAAUACAUAACAAAAACAAUUUAACAUCCUGCCUAUUAAUGUCCUGACCUAAAAUACCAAGUAAAAAUGCUUCUGGUUUUUUAAAAAAUGUAUAUUUCAACAUCUUUUUCAUCUCAUUAUAUAUCAUUGCCCAUAAGUUCUUUACUUUCUUACAUUCCCAACAAGAAGGAGCCUUUCAGCUUCCAUUGCUGUCCUGAGGAUCCAAAACACAACCAGCUUGCUUAAAAUCCAUUUUGCCUGUGGAUUCCACGAUUCGAUUGCGAGGGCCAUCUUUAUGGGGGGUAAAACACGAGAACAAAAUACAGUGGUACCUCGGGUUAAGAACAUAAUUCGUUCUGGAGGUCCGUUCUUAACCUGAAACUGUUCUUAACCUGAGACACCACUUUAGCUAAUGGGGCCUCCCGCUGCCGCUGCGCAAUUUCUGUUCUCAUCCUGAAGCAAAGUUCUUAACCCGAGGUACUAUUUCUGGGUUAGCAGAGUCUGUAACCUGAAGCGUAUGUAACCCGAGGUACCACUGUAGCACAGAAACAUAAGAAGAGCUUUGCUGGAUCAGGCCAAUGGCCCAUCUAGCCCCGCGGAGGACCUUAAGGUCUACAAAUGACAACACUUUGGAGGUCCCGAGCCUCAAGGAGGUUAGAUUGGUCUCAAAUAGGGCCAGGGCCUUUUCAGCACUGGCCCCAACUUGGUGGAACACUCUGUCAGAAGAGACUAGAGCCCUGCGGGACUUGACAUCUUUCUGCAGGGCCUGCAAGACAGAGCUGUUCUGCCUGGCCUUUGGUUUGGACUCGGUCUGACCCUUAUGUUUCCCUCCCCUUAUAGUCUUGAUUUAUCGGCUACUUUAAAAUGAGGCUGCAUUUUAAAUUGCAUUUUAACCUGUAUUUUAAAUUGGUUUUUUCCCUCCCCCCCCCUUCUCUUUUCCCCCUAUUAUGUUUUUACUGUGAUUUUAUUGGUGUUAGCCGCCCUGAACCCGGCUCUGGCCGGGGAGGGCGAGGUAUAAAUAAAAUUUAUUAUUGUUAUUAUUAUUGCAGUACUGAGCCAGAUGGACAAAUGGUGUGAUUCUGUAUAAGGCCGAAUGAAUGAAUGAGGCCAACUGCAUCCCGGGAGUCUGAUGGUCCUUUUUGCUUCCUCUCCUCCACAGCAUCCUAUGCCAAGAGCGUCUCGCAGGGGAAUCCACUGAUGGCUCCAUCACUGGAGGAAGUGGGGGCUGACGGCUUCUUCCCUUCGUUCCUUUUCGUCUCCCUGGUUGGCCUAACCGCCUGUCUCUUGGCCCUCUGCACACUUUGCAGGAGGUAAGCAUCUGAGCUGCUCUCACCCUUAAUUGGCAAGUCUUCUCCAGAUAGAGUGCCUGGGGCCCCUGGUUCUACCACAUCCCAUUCAUUUCAUUCAUACAAUUUACAAGCCUCUUGAUUGAAAAAUGAACAAACCUCAAAGCAUAUAAAAAGAAUAUAAAUUGUCCAGUGGCACUUUAGAGACAAACUAAGUUUGUUCUUGGUAUAAGCUUUCGUAACAAAGUUAGUUGGUCUCCAAGGUGCCACUGAACAAUUUUAUUUAUAUAUACACACACACACACACACACACACACACACACACAUAUAUGUAUUUCAACUGGGACAUGGGUGGCGCUGUGGGUUAAACCACAGAGCCUAGGGCUUGCCUAUUAGAAGGUCGGCGGUUCGAAUCCCCGCAAUGGGGUGAGCUCCCAUUGCUCGGUCCCUGCUCCUGCCAACCUAGCAGUUGGAAAGCAUGAAGUACAAGUAGAUAAAUAGGUACCGCUCUGGUGGGAAGGUAAACGGCAUUUCCGUGCACUGCUCUGGUUCGCCAGAAGCGGCUUAGUCAUGCUGGCCACAUGACCCGGAAGCUGUAUGCCGGCUCCCUCAGCCAAUAAAGCGAGAUGAGCGCCGCAACCCCAGAGUCGGUCACAACUGGACCUAAUGGUCAGGGGUCCCUUUACCUUUACCUAUUUCUGUGGCUUAUUCACAAGAUAGUCAACAGCUCAUCGUUGCAGGAAAGACAGAGCAUUUCCAGUCUAUGCAUGUGCUAAUCUGCAGGCAUGUUGGGUUUGGUGCCUUUUUGUUCUAAGGCACUGAAGAGAACAGACGUGUUUGUCUCUGUCUCCAGCAAAAAGUUAAAAGAGGCUGCAGCAGAGAAGGGUUUUUAGCUCAGAAUGCAAGUUAUUUGUAAACUAAGUUCAACCAAUCAAUCAUUUUUUGUAUUUGACUAAAAGCCAUUACCAAUUCACUUACAAAACCAGCAAAUCCAACAAAACCUAUUAAGAAAAAUCCAGAAACAAAUUAAAUCAAAUUAACUGAGUCCUCUGCAUAAUCUACAGUGUUGUCUUUUAUGCGACUAGCACGGAUACUUUUAGCGGCUUUUGCAAAUAAAGCUGUUUUAUAUGUGAAAAUAUGUAAGCUUAGUUUAGAUACCUUAUGCUGGGAGCAGUAUAUGAAAUAUGCAACUGAGUGAAUGUAAUUUUAUUUGUUUUUCAGUUGAGUUCUGUAAGUGAAGCUUUUUGAACCAUAUUUUGGGACUGAAGAAUUUUCACUUCAAUACAAGCGUUUUGUUCACCCAGAAGCUUUUACAUGUGCAAAAUUAACCAUCUCAAUAUUGGUUGCUUGGAGAGGAGUGUGAAAACUAGAAACUAGCCUGCUAUAGAAAGCCAAAAUUCACGUCUGUUGCUUCCGUUUCAUGCAGUUACCUCUUCCCCAACCCCUAUUCACAUGUGGCCCUCAGAAAGUUGCCCAAAAGAGACUGUGGCCCCCGGGUUGGAUUCCCCACUUCUGCACUAAAGCAUUUGAGGAUUCCGAGUUCAGAAAAAAGAUGCUAUUGGGGUGUGUGUGUGGAGGUGUAAUGGGGAGACAUGAAAAUGACAGAAGUUUGCCCAGAUGGCAAAAAUGACUGCAGCAAUCAGGGGCUGCUCCAAUAAAAAAUUCUACACAGAAUGGGAAUACAUAGGGGAAUACAUGAAGAAAUAUGGUGUCAAAGCAGAACCCUUAAUAGGCAAUUGUUAAACAUGUAAGGACAAAAGAAGUACCGUAUUUUUCGCUCUAUAGGACGCACUUUUCCCCCUCCAAAAAUGAAGGUGUGUGUGUCCUAUGGAGUGAAUGCAGGCUUUCGCUGAAGCCUGGAGAGCGAGAGGGGUCGGUGCGCACCAACCCCUCUCGCUCUCCAGGCUUCAGGAAGCUAUCCGCAAGCCUUCGGAGCGCGGCGGGAGUUCCCACCGGGCUCCCAAGGCUUGCGGAAUACAGCCUGCAGCCCGAAGCCCGGGGAGCACAGCGCUGCGCACCCCGGGCUUUGGGCAGCUAUCCGCAAGCCUUCGGAGCCUGGCGGGCGUUCCCACCGGGCUCAGAAGGCUUGCAGAUAGCAACAAGCUCCGGGAGCGAAGGCGAGGUUGCGCGCAACAUCAACCCCGCUCCCAGACCCGUUCUGGGGGCUGGGGUCGGGGAAAGCUCGGGCUUCCCCCACCCCAGCCCUGCAGCUAAAAAGGAAGCUAAGACAGCGAGCAGGAUCCAUCCUGCUUGCUGUCUUGGCUUCUUGGCUCUUUGGGGCUGGGGGGGUAAUUUUUUUUUCUUUAUUCCCCCCCCCAAAAAAAAACUAGGUGCGCCCUAUGGUCCGGUGCACCCUAUAGAGCGAAAAAUAUGGUAAUUAUAAUUUAACAGUUUUCAUGUUACUCUAUUUUAUCAAAGCAACUAGAAAAAAUAUAUUAUGACGGGAAGAUCUCACACAGGUGAAGGGAAGCAGUGGGGAGGAGGGGAGGGUCAGGUUGAAUUUGGGGGGGGAAAUAAUAUAUGGGACAGCAAAGGAUAUAAUAGAUUCUUAUAGAACAGUAAUAUAUUGUAACCAGAAUAGAAGUUUAAAAGUAAAUGUACUUUUAGUAUUUUCAUUAUUGUAAUAGUUAUUAUUAUUUCUUAUUGGUAGAAGGCAAUGUUAAUUUAGGCUUCUUUGUUUCCUGUCUGUAUAAAUAUUUUUUUAAGCCAAUAAAAAAAAGAAAAGAAAGAAAAUGACAGAAGUUUGUAAGGCUAGCCAAAAAAGGGAGGUUUUUUUAGCAGGUAAUGAAAAGGGGAUAGAGAGAGCAUCUGUGUGGUGUUUAAAUGGAGAGAGUUCGAAAGAAUCGGUGCCACCACAGAAAAGGCCUGAUUCCUACAUUGUGUGGAAUGGGCCUCCUGAUCAGAUGGCUACCCAGUCCAGCAAAAAUGCGUGGACCUUCUGUACUCCCACCGGCUGACCAGGGUGUUGCUAAACUGACCCGUGAAUGAUUCGUUCCAUCUCUUUUUCUGCCACUCAGGAAAGAGAAGAACAGGGUAAUUCCACAAGAUGGAGCAAUGCUGGAGGAAGCAGUGAGUGGACCUCUUUCCUUUCUACAUUUGGUUUCCCAAAUACAAGUACAUUCUUCGCGCACAUGGAUGUAGCCAGGAUAUUUGGGGGGGGGCAGCCAGGACCGAGCAACCUCCGAUGCGAUUGGUUGGUUUGCAGAAGCCAUGCUAUUGCUCAGUUGGGUUGCCAGUUGCGUUGCUAGAAUGUGCCACAACGUCAUCUGAGUGAUCUCAGUGAGCAUUAAAACAUUCUGAUCACUUCUACUUUCAGUUAAGUAUUUUUAUUUAUUUACUCGAUUGUGUGUGUGUGUGUGUGUGUGUGUGCACCAUUUGCUGCAAUUCCAGGGAUGCGGAGAGCUGCCCACCCAGUGGUGUAGCUAGUCACUUGGGUGCCCGGGGGAGUGUGUGCGCCCUGCAGCUGGGGGCGGAGCCAACUGCCCAUGGGGGCGGAGCCAACUGCCUAUGGGGUGGGGCGAGCCAAGGCAGGGCGCGCGCUGCGUGGAGUCUCUCCCCGGCCUCCACCUCAGCUGUAGGGCGGCUGAGGCGGUUGGGCAAAUGCAAGCCCCAUGCUACUCAAAAAAGCAGCGCAGAGCUUGCAGACAGUCUGCCCAGGAAAGAUGUGUGGCUCAGGCACACUGCAGGCCCCGCCUCACCUAGCUACACCUCUGGAUUAGGCAGAUUCAUGGGGGAGAGGACUGAAUAAAUGAAUUUUAUUAUUCUGGUCACAGACCAGUUCCGGCUCACUUAUAAUAUCAGGAAAAUCAUAAAACACAACAGGAAUAUAUUGAAUUGCAAUUGGGUAUAACAGAGACAAGGGACGCGGGUGGCGCUGUGGUCUAAACCACAGAGCCUAGGGCUUGCCGAUCAGAAGGUUGGCAGUUUGAAUCCCCGCGACGGGGUGAACUCCCGUUGCUCUGUCCCAGCUCCUGCCAACCUAGCAGUUCGAAAGCACGCCAGUGCAAGUAGAUAAAUAGGUACAGCUCCGGCGGGAAGGUAAACGGCGUUUCUGUGCGCUGCUCUGGUUUGCCAGAAGCGGCUUAGUUAUGCUGGCCACAUGACCCGGAAGCUGUACACCGGCUCCCUCAGCCAAUAAAGUGAGAUGAGUGCUGCAACCCCCGAGUCGGCCACAACUGGACCUAAUGGUCAGGGGUCACUUUACCUUUUUUAUGAAGCAUUUCUGUAUCCUUCUGAUGUGCUGAAGAAGAAUUCCACGAAACAGUGGCUAUAUCCGGAAUCACUGUUCACUACGUCUGUUUUUGGACCACUUUGGCAGCGUUGGACGUCAUAAAACAAAGUUUUAUGGCUUGUUUUCAUCAGAUAAGAAUCUGACCCAUUGCUUCUUUCAGAGACUUGCAUAACCCACAAAGACUUUCAGAGACCUAUAAGACUUAUGUUUAUUUGGUUCUAUGUUUUCAAGAGCAUCCAUCAACAGUGCACAUUUAGUGACUUUCAGAGGUUUAUAAGAUUCUGUUUAUUUGGUUUCUCAUAUUGUUCUAUGUCCCGUAUAGACUAUAUAAAGAGUUUAUGUUGAUAUUGCAUUGUUGUUUGGUCAUCGUGUUGCCUUGGAUAUUACUGAUAAUUGUUUGCAACACAGGGGUUUAAUUGUUUGGUUACGCCUCUGGAUUAGGCAGAUUCAUGGGGGAGAGGGCUGUCGGAGGCUACUAGCCAUAAAGGCUGUGCUCUGCCUGCAAAGUUGGAGAGAGAAAUGCUUCUGGUUUCUGGAAAUCACUCAAGGGGAGAGUGUUUCUGAAGUCGCGUAAGAAGGGGUGUGCGAUGGGUGCGGGAGUUAUUUUUUCAGAAACACAUAUUUUUGGCAUUUUGUCACCCCCCCCCUCAGUGAUGACACCCGGGGCGACCAGUACCCACCGCACCCCCCUUCCUACGCCCCUGUGCCCACCACCCAGACACAACUUCUUGUUUUGCAGGCGGAGCUCUUGACGGUCGUCAACUCGCACCAGCUGAACGAGACAAAUUCCAAGGCAAAAAGUAAGUCGUCGCCCGUUUCCCAAAGACUCUGGCAUCCAGUUCAAAUCUCAGGAUUCCAAGCUGAGAGGCAACAAAGUUUGGAGGCAAAGGAGCAUUUGCCCAUGCUGCUGCAAAUUGCAAAUAAUAUAUGAGCCAUUUCCCAAGCUUGUUUUGGCUAUUCAUUUAUCUGUUUCAUAAAAUGUAUGCACCGCUUGAUUGCGGGAUUUGACAUCUUUCUGCAGGGCCUGCAAGACAGAGCUGUUCCGCCUGGCCUUUGGUUUGGACUCGGUCUGACCCUUAUGUUUUCCCGCCCCUUACGGUUUUGAUCCAUGAGCUACUUUUAAAAUGAGGCUGCAUUUUAAAUUGCAUUUUAACCUGUAUUUUAAAUUGGAUUUUUUGUUCCCCCUCUCUUUUUUCCCCAUUAUGUUUUUACUGUGAUUUUAUUGGUGUUAGCCGCCCUAAGCCUGGCUCUGGCUGGGGAGGGCGGGGUAUAAAUAAAAUUAUUAUUAUUAUUAUUAUUAUUAUUAUUAAAAAAAACUACUACAACGCUGAAGAAUUGAUGCUUUUGAAUUAUGGUGCUGGAGGAGACUCUUGAGAGUCCCAGGGACUGCAAGAAGAUCAAACGCAUCCAUUCUUAAGGAAAUCAGCCCUGAGUGCUCACUGGAAGGACAGAUCAUGAAGCUGAGGCUCCAAUACUUUGGCCACCUCAUGAGAAGAGAAGACUCCCUGGAAAAGACCCUGAUGUUGGGAAAGAUUGAGGGCACAAGGAGAAGGGGACAACAGAGGACGAGAUGGUGGGACAGUGUUCUCGAAGCUACAAACAUGAGUCUGACCAAACUGCAGGAGACAGUGGAAGACAGAAGUGCCUGGCGUGCUCUGGUCCAGGGGGUCACGAAGAGUCAGACACGACUAAACGACUAAACAACAACUACAACCCUCAAGCCGUUAAAAAAUAAAAUAAAUAAAAAUCAUUCCUAAGAAAAACUAACAAUAAAAAUUCCAGACUUUCGAAAAGCUGCAAUAACAAUAGACGAAAAACAGAUUAGAACUCACAUCACAUUAAAACUCUAAGCACCUGGGUAGGCUUGACCAAACAAGAAUGUUUUUAGUAGGCACUAGAAAGCGUACAGAAGAGACAACCGCCUGAUACCAACAGGCAGAACUAGAUAUGUACAAUUGUGACUGUGCACAUACAAAUCCUAAAGCAUCCUCUUUGCAAGGGCUCAGCACUUUUGUGGUUGCAGGAGCAGAGCAUGGCUGGCGAAAGGGAAACCCAGCUUAGGUCCCCAGGGGCAGGGAGAAAAAUAAUAGAAUCUUACAGUUGAAAGGGGACCCUGAGGGUCAUCUAGUCCAACCCCCUGCAAUGCAGGAAUCUCAGCUAAAGCAUCCAGGACAGAUGGCCAUCCAACCUCUGCUUAAAAACCUCCGAGGAAGGAGAGUCCACCACCUCUCAUGGGAAUCUGUUCUACUGCUAAACAGCUCUUGCUAUCAGAAAGCUCUUCCAAAUGUUUAGUUGGAAUCUCCUUUCUUGGUUUGAAUCCUACUCUCCAGAACAGGAGAAAACAAAGCUUCUUCCCUCCUCCAUGUGACAGCCCUUAAGAUAUUUGAAGAUGGCUAUCAUAUCUUCAGGGACACGGGUGGCACUGUGGUUAAACCAUAGAGCCUGGGACGUGCCGAUCAGAAGGUUGAAUCCCCGCAACGGGGUGAGCUCCCGUUGCUCGGUCCCUGCUCCUGUCAACCUAGCAGUUCGAAAGCACGUCAAAAUGCAAGUAGAUAAAUAGGUACCACUCCAGCGGGAAGGUAAAUGGUGUUUCCGUGCGCUGCUCUGGUUCACCAGAAGCGGCUUAGUCAUGCUGGCCACAUGACCUGGAAGCUGUAUGCCGGUUCCUUGGCCAAUAAAGCAAGAUGAGCGCCACAACCCCAGAGUCGGCCACGACUGGACCUAAUGGUCAGGGGUCCCCUUUACCCUCCCCCUAUCAUAUCUUCUCUCAGUCUCCUCUUUUCCAGGCUAAACAUACCCAACUCCCUCAAAUGUUCCUCAUCAGGCUUGGUUUCCAGACCCUUGGUCAUCUUGGUUGCCUUCCUGUGCACACCUUCCAGCUUGUCAACACCCUUCUUAAAUUGUGAUGUCCAGAACUGGAUACAGGACUCCAGGUGGGGUCUGACCAAGGCAGAAUACAUUGGGACUAAGACUUCCCUUGACCUGGACACUAUAUCUCUGUUGAUGCAGCCUAGAAUAGCAUCAUCCUUUUUGCUGCUCCAUCACCCUGUUGACUCACGUUAAGUUUGUGGUCCAUCAAGAUCAUGGGUAGGCAAACUAAGGCCCGGGGGCCAGAUCCGGCCCAAUCACCUUCUCAAUCCGGCCCGCAGACAGUCUGGUAAUCAGCGUGUUUUUACAUGAGUAGAAUGUGUGCUUUUGUUUAAAAUGCAUCUCUGGGUUAUUUGUGGGGCAUAGGAAUUUGUUCAUAUUUUUUUCCAAAAUAUAGUCCAGCCCCCCACAAGGUCUGAGGGGCAGUGGACCAGCCCCCUGGUGAAAAGGUUUGCUGACCCCUGAUCAAGACCCUUUAGAUCCUUUUCACAUGCACUGCUAGUAAGCCUGCUGUCACCCAUCCUAUAUUUGUGCAUCUGGUUCUUCCUGCCUUACAUUUGUCCCUAUUGAAAUUCAUUUUGUUAACUUGCGCCCAGUUCGCCAAUCUGUUAAGGUCAUUUUGAAUUCUGAUUCUGGAGUUUCCUCCUCUUACGCUUCUUGCAUCCUCCUCCUCUAGAUCUGAGGUCAACCGGUGGCAACAUCCCUAACGCAUUGAGCGAAGAUGAUGGGACGAUAUCCAGCUGCAGCUUCAUCAUCCUGCCCCAGAGGAGGCUUCCCCGCAUGCCCCCAGUGGACCUGCCGUCUCCAGACCAGAUUUACUCAAACCUGAGCUUCCAAAACCAAGCCGAGGAUGUGCUGUAUGAAUCCAUGACGGCGUCGGAGGAAGCGACGGAGGAACCAAGCCCUGUGAUGAAGGAGGAGGAGGAGGAUGCUAUUGGGCAAAAAGACCAAGCAACAGAAGCUGAGUAUGCCUGUGUUCUGAAAGGGAAGAAGAUGAAGGCCCCCCAGCACGCAGAGAUGGAGGCGGGGGCCUCUGAAGCAUCGCAGCAGGGAUCUCUAGCAACGACACUUAACGCUGCUCAAGCAGCACAGGUAUAUAUAAUAAUAAUAAUUAAUAAUAAUAAUUUAUUAGGGACGCGGGUGGCGCUGUGGGUUAAACACAGAGCCUAGGACUUGCCGAUCAGAAGGUUGGCGGUUCAAAUCCCCGCGACGCUGUGAGCUCCCGUUGCUCGGUCCCUGCUCCUGCCAACCUAGCAGUUCGAAAGCACGUCAAAGUGCAAGUAGAUAAAUAGGUACCACUCUGGCGGGAAGGUAAACGGCGUUUCUGUGCGCUGCUCCGGUUUGCCAGAAGCAGCUUAGUCAUGCUGGCCACAUGACCCGGAAGCUGUACGCCGGCUCCCUCGGCCAAUAAAGUAAGAUGAGCGACCCCAGAGUCGGCCACGACUGGACCUAAUGGUCAGGGGUCCCUUUACCUUUUACCCUGCCCAUCUGGCUGAGUUUCCCCAGCCACUCUGGGCGGCUUCCAAUCAAGUGCUUAAAAUAAUACAGCAUUAAAUAUUAAAAACUUCCCUGAACAGGGCUGCCUUCAGAUGUCUCUUAAAGAAAAGAUAGCUUCUUAUUUCCUUCACAUCUGAAGGGAGGGCGUUCCACAAGGCGGGCGCCACUACCGAGAAGGCCCUCAGUCUGGUUCCCUGUAACCUCACUUCUCGCAAGGAGGGAACUGCCAGAAGGCCCUCGGAGCUGGACCUCAGUCUCCGGGCAGAACAAUGGGGGUGGAGACGCUCCUUCAAGUAGACUGGACUGAGACCAUUUAGGGCUUUCAAGGUCAGCACCAACACUUUGAAUUGUGCUCGGAAACGUACUGGGAGCCAAUGCAGAUCUCUCAGGACCGGUGUUAUGUGGUCCUGGCAGCCACUCCCAGUCACCAGUAUAAGAGACCUCCCAUUUCUCUGCAAUUGAAGUAACCCCCCCCAAUGGGGGGGUCAUUGCUCUUAAUUAUACUGGGGUUCCACCCACCCCACUCACACAAGAAAACAAAGACCACCACAGCCAAUCACAAACAGACAACCACACCCUUGGCCAACCCCAACCUCUCUCACCACCAAAGGAACACAAGUGAACAGCAGAGAACCUGCACAAGCGGCGCUGACACAAAACCCCACAUAUAUUAAGCGAAAUAGAAACAUCACCACCCCCACCCAUCUUCUGCCCCCCCCACCUCUUUUCCCUUAUUCUUCCUAAUGUCUCAACAAAUGAAACUGAUUUGUAAAAAAAAAAAAAGUUACAUGGAAAAACAUAUGAGAGAGAGACAUUGCAUAUACCCUUGUAAAUCAAGAAAAUCUCUAAUAAAAAUACAUUUUAAAAAAACUUAUACAGUGCUACCUCAGGUUAAGUAUUUAAUUCGUUCUGGAGGUCCAUUCUUAACCUGAAACUGUUCUUAAUCUAAAGCACCAGUUUAGCUAAUGGGGCCUCCUGCUGCUGCCGUGCCGCUGGAGCACGAUUUCUGUUCUCUUCCUGAAGCAAAGUUCUUAACCUGAGGUACUAUUUCUGGGUUAGCGGAGUCUGUAACCUGAAGCGUAUGUAACCCGAGGUACCACUGUACUGGGGUUGGAAGAGGGAAGUGCGAAUCUGUCAGUUAAUGGCUGGAUCUACACUGAUCUGUAAAAUCGCUGUUAAAGGCUACAAAAAAACAUAAUAAAGCUCUCAAUGCAAUUUCCCUUUCUCAACAUAUCGCUGCUUUGCGGCGCCCUCCAGUGUCACAUCUUUAUAACACAUUUUUAACGUUAUAACCGACCAGUGUAGAUUCGCCCCAUGUCUCUUUUUCCAGUUUGCAAUUUAUUUAUUUUUUAAAUGAAAGUCCUUCUGAAAAUCUGUCAGCAUUUUUGUAAUAAUAAUAAUAAUAAUAAUAAUAAUAAUAAUAAUAAUUUAUCUAUUGAAUUCACCAGUGCACUGGGGUAUCCCUUGUGCAGAAUCGCAAGAGAAAAGCUGUCCUGCCUCGAGGGCUUUCAUAGGAUCAAAGGUGCACGAAACUGACCCCCAAAGCCAUUUUAUUGACGCUCCCCUAAUGUCUGCUUCUCUCGUAGUUAGAAGAAAUGUAUUCAGUGGUGCGCAAGGAGAGAAAGAAGGAGAAGAAAAAGAAAACCGAGGGCUCUGGUGGGCACAGUGGAGAGAGACCAUCCCAAGGGGAGAUGAGCCUAGGAAAUGCCCUGCUGGCAUCUAUCCACCAGGAAUCAGAUGGCAGGCCAGGGCACCCGCCCUCACUGUUCCAGCCUCCCGCUAUUGAACCCUGCUAUGAGUCUGUUGGCUGUGAAUCGUGGGUAGGCAAUGGCAGGAAGCCAAGCACAGAGCCAGCUUAUGAGGCUGUAGAUACUUACUGGAAGAAUUCGAGGAGGAAAAGAAAGUCGGACAGGAACGCCCCAGCAGAAAACCUCUACGAAAGCAUCGAAAACUUGGCAUUUCAGUUUCAGAAUCAAAACAUGUUAGCCCAUUUUGAAAUCUGACUCUUUGGUUUGGUUUACCUAUUCAAGCGGAUGUAAAUAUAUUAAGUGGACAUAGUUCAAACGUUACUAAAUGCCGCUGCAUGUCGGAAACCAUCAAACUGCGGUUGCAUGUUAACUGGCAGAUGCCCACGAAACGCUGAUUGCUGCAUACCAGACACUGACAAAGGGCACCUCUGGAUGACAUGUUUUAUUGACCAUUCCUCUUUAUCUGCUUGCACAAAGCUUACACAGAGGUUAGACUAUUUGUUGAGCAUUUCUUCUCAUUUGUUUGCGGGGAGCUCCUAUGACAACCGGCAUCAAUUAAUCUGGCAGAAUGACAAAGACCAAUAAAACAAGUUUAAUAAUAUCAUGUUUAGGGGAGGAGAAUAAGGUGAGCCGUUAGCCUUAAGGACUGCCAGAGCUGAACAUCAGUGCUGGGUGACAUUUCACACUCGGAGAAUCUUUGCAGAUAAUCACUUCACUCCACUAGGAACUUUAUGAAGAGCAUCAACAUGUCUGGCUGCAACCCUGCAUCUGCUUACUCGCGAGUAAGCUCUGAGAGCCUCAAUGGAACUUCCCCUUCUGAUCUGAGUUGUCAUGGAAAGGGCUGAUGGAUUGAUGAGAGCUGAGUCCAACAUCCAGAGAGCUGCCAUUUCCCUACUUAUUGCUGCAAAGCAUUUAAAGUUGUUGUUUUUCAGAAGGGGUGGGGGGUGGGAAAUGAAUAAUUUGUUGUUGUUGUUAAGUCGUGUCUGACUCUUUGUGACCCCCUGGACCAGAGCACACCAGGCACUCCUGUCUUCCACUGCCUCCCGCAGUUUGGUCAGACUCAUGCUGGUAGCUUCGAGAACACUGUCCCACCAUCUCAUCCUCCAUUGUCCCCUUCUCCUUGUGCCCUCCAUCUUUCCCAACAUCAGGGUCUUUUCCAGGGAGUCUUCUCUUCUCAUGAGGUGGCCAAAGUAUUGGAGCCUCAGCUUCAGGAUCUGUCCUUCCAGGGAGCACUCAGGGCUGAUUUCCUUCAGAAUGGAUAGGUUUGAUCUUCUUGCAGUCCAUGGGACUCUCAAGAGUCUCCUCCAGCACCAGAAUUCAAAAGCAUCAGUUCUUCGGCGAUCAGCCUUCUUUAUGGUCCAGCUCUCACUUCCAUACAUCACUACUGGGAAAACCAUAGCUUUAACUAUACGGACCUUUGUUGGCAAGGUGAUGUCUCUGCUUUUUAAGAUGCUGUUUAGGUUACUACUAGUUAUUACUAGUUGCUAAUAGUUACUAGUUACAGUUACUACUACUGAUCCAUACAUUUUCAGCAACACAUUACCUGCAUAUUUGCAAUUUUAUAUCCGUUUCUUGGGCUGUAGAACGGCAUUGCAAAAUUCGGAGGAGUGUGAAUUUCUCAGGAUGGGUGUGCUUCAGUUUGGACAGAGUCUUGGAGAGAGAAGGUUAAGCAGGUUCUCCUUUAAAUGUGAACUACAUCAAAAUCCCCUCCCCUUACAUAUCCUAAAGGAGGAAAUGAAGACAUACCAGGAUUCUCACUAGCCAGGCAAUGGGAGAGGCGAGGUGCCAGAUCAUGUCAAUAUUAAGUGGGCAAUUCCAUAAUUGCAAUGAGGGUAUCUGCUCAUUGUCUGGGGCGAAGGAAGGAAGUAUUUGGGAAAAUACAUAUACAGUCAUACCUCGUGUUAGGUUCAUGUUGCAUCUUUUCAGCUUGCAAACAUGGCAAAUCUGGAAGUGUAUACUUCCGGGUUUCGCCGUGUGCGCAUGUGCAGAAGCAUUCUGCGCGCUUUGCACAUGCGCAGAAGUGCUCUGUCACGCUCUGCACUUCUGCAGAAGUGUGGCUCUAGUUGUGGACUUUUUGGGGUGCGAAUGGCACCCUGGAAUGGAUCGUGUCUGCAACUAGAGGUGCCACUGUAUGUAGUUAGGUGGAGGGAGCCUCUGAUUCUAUCUUCCCCAGUCUGGUGCCCUCCAGAUGUUUUGAACUAUGACUCCCACCAGCCCCAGCCAGCACAGCUGGGCAUCAGCUUGGAGAAGGCUGCUACAGUUUUAAUGAGCGGCGAGGGUGGACUGAACCCCGUCAAAACUUUGAGAAACAAAGCUUCUGUAGCACUUCAAGCUAACCACCACCAGAGGGUGCUGUGGCAUCGGAAUCCUGAGAACACCUUUUGCUAUCCUUGAGCUGUUCCUGUAAUACUACUGUAACUCUAAUAAUAGCAAUGAUAAUGCAAUUAUUAAUUAGCAUUUAUAUAAGUGGCCAUUGAACUACUUCUUUUUAAUUGAGUUUUUGUGCAAAUACAAACAAAUCUACAGAAAACAAAGAAGCAAAGCAAAGAACAGAAACAAUAAGGGAAAAAAGAGGGGAAAAACCAGGAACAAAAAUGAAGUGAAAUUAACUAUACAAUGCUAUCCCAAAACAUCAGUUCUCAAACAAAGUACUUUCCCUUUUGGAAUAGAUCUCUUUUGUUAUUCUAUUUCUUUUCGACUUCCAUCUAUCUCACCACGAUUCAUUCUAUCUAUCUAAUACAGUUUCCUCCUAUAUUUCAAUUCAUGUCCCCAUCUUGUUAUAAGCAAAAGUGAACAUAUCCUUAUCAGAGAAGAAUGGGAAUUAAAGUUAAGGGAGUACUUGGAACUCGCAAAAAUGACUGAAUCUAUAAGGAAUAAACCAACUGAUGUAGUCCAAAAGGAGUGGGAAUGCUUUAACACUUAUCUAAUGAGACGAGGUUCAACAAGAAAAUUUGGUUGUGCCUAGAAUAAAUCCGUAAAUAGAAAAAAGUGGCCGUUGAACUUCAUGUAUGUAUAUUGUGUUCCUCAAUCAGAAAUCCCGUAAGGAAGCUGGCGCUACCCUGGCACCCUCCUGAUGGGAGUUGUAGUUCAGCAACACCCGGAGGAUGCCAGGGUGCUGAAAGGUGUGUUCGUGGAACACUUGGCACUCCACGUAUUGCUGAACUACAACUCCCAUAUUCCUGGGCAUGGGCCAUGCCCGCGGGGCUAUGGGAACUGUAGUUCAGUAACGUUUAGGUGGGCCCAAGGCUCCCCACACCUGCCGUAAAGUGUAUGAGUUUUGCUGAUGGGGGAGCAAUGCUGAGAAUAAGAACUUGCUUGGCAUCACCUCCUACUGAGUUAUAGCUGAAUUGUCCAGAAUCUCAGUUCUGUGUCCCUUAAACUCUAUGCCCAUCCUUCCAGCGUUUCAUUGGCGGCUGUGAUUUAUUGGGGUGGGGUUAGGAGUGCGAUGCCUUCAGCCGCAAUGUUUGUUUUUAAUAAGCCGUGUUUAAAAUUCUGGGUGUUUGUUAAAAUACGUACAUUCCGUGUUUCUAGCGCUUCUGUGUCAAAGAUGCUCAGUCAAUAAAUGACUACAUAAUCGC